AUGGACAGCAAAAGCCUAAAGGCAGCCGACACGGGUAGCAACACGACACUAUGGCAGGGCAGCGCCCAGAGCAGCCACAUGCUGCCCAUGUUCCACGGCUCCAUGGGGAAGCUGCAGCGGCAGCUGCGCAAGGGCGAGUUCGCCAUGUUCAAGCACAGCCCCAUGUUUGAGAGCGACUUCAUCCAGAUCAGCAAAAGAGGAGAAGUGAUCGAUGUGCACAACAGUGUGCAAAUGGUCACUCUGGGCAUCGCAUACACCAGUCCCAACCUUGUAAUACCUGAUGUCAUGCUGCUGGCACGACCUGCUGUCAGCUGCACAAUCGAUGCCAAGCCUGACCUACACACCCAGGGAAGGGCACUCAAGUCAGCCAAGAGCUUGGAGCUGACCAGGCUGCUUCCUCUGAAGUUUGUAAAGUUGUCUGUCUACAGUCAUGAGAACAAACAGCUCCACUUGAAGCUGGCCACUGGCCUCUCCUUUUACCUACAAUUAUGCCCUGCUUUAGAUGCAAAAGGAGAUCUGUUUGCACACUGGGAAGACCUGGUGUUCUCCCUGAGACCGCCCGUGGAGGCUUACAGCAGUACCCACGCCGUACCGGCUUGUGGCAUGAUGGACCUGCCUGGGUUGGAGGCAGAGGACAGGAAGAGCCCAGAGGCCAUGGAGCUCCAUGGAGAAGGGGACCAAGACCAAGUCAGUGUCAGAAGCCUUCCCAUGGUCGCUGAGGUGUCUGGGGCCACCUCUCUUGCUCAUGCUGGUGGGGAAGGAGUCCAACAACAUGUUUCACGCAAAUACUCUGUGCUCAGCGUGAGCGUGGAUGCAGGAGAGGAGACGGCCAGCAGCCCUGUAACAGAAACCGUGGAAGGUCACGGAGACGGACUCUUCCUGUCAGCCUGA